CUCCUGAAUUUACUCCAAUCUUCCAUUCCUCUGUUUCCUUCCUUCCAUGUCACCUGUUGGAUUCUUUUCUUUUUUCUUUAACGUACGAGAGAAGACAAUAAUCUAUUACCUAUAUAUAUCCAUGAUCUUAUGAUUCCGUUACAUCUUACUUCUUUCUUCUCCUAACCAAACGUAUCUAUCACUAAACGUGUCUCCUUAUUAACAACCCUUUACCUUCUUCCCAUUGAAAACCCCCACUAAAAAGUUAUUGACUUUUCUUGGUUAAUCUUAAUGGGUUUGCUUCAAUUUCUUCUUCUGACGUCUCCAGAGAAGAUGAGUUAGUCAAUUAACAGCUGCAUUUGGUGAUAUUUGUAAUUAUGGUCACUUCCUGUAAGAAAGGUUGAAACUUGAUCGUGAAUUUUCUGCACAAAGGUAUCGUUAUGCUCGGCAAAUUGGAGUUUUGGAGCAUUUGAUGAUGGGUGUUCAAUGAAUUUCCGUCUCUGACUACCCCAGUUAAGUCUUGCUUCCAUUUCAUGGUUGUUCCAUUUCUGCAAUUGUAACAUGGAUCGGGGAUUUAGAUUUCUGUGUCAGGCAGAAACCAGGAGAUUAAUUUCAUUCAUAGGAAUAACAUUAGCUCUGGUUUUAGUGGUUCAGUAUUCUGAACUUCCAAAUAGUAAAUUGUUAUCUUCUCUUACUGCCAAGAUUACUAGUUUCUCAAUGGAUACAUCUUCGGUUAAUUCUAAAGUGGAGGGUAAUAAUAGACACCUAAAUGGUUCAACUUCAAGCUCUACUCAUGCAUUUGAAGAGAUAGCGAGUAGUCCUCAGGCCUCCCAAUUAGAUCAUGGUAGUAGAAGUUCAGAAGUUCACAAUGGCAGUGGUUCCAUUACCGCCCCUGCUCCAGACAAAGCUAAAGAACUUGAUAGUGUUGUCUUUAACAAUAUUACUACUACAGAUGACAGUUCACUGAUGGGAAGGGUUCAGGGAAAAGAUGUUAAUUUGACAUCACAAGGGGCUGCAUCUUCCUUGUUUGCACCACAGCCUAUGGUACCAUUGCCCAACAGAACUUCCUUAGAUUCAGAAACAGAUUCAAGAAGUCCCAUGAUAUCUCUCACAUCCACUGCAACUUCUGUGAAAUCAGAUACAACCAAUGCAGUCUACAAAGAUGGAAAGUCAGGUUCUUUGCAAGGCAGUAAUUUGACAUUCAAUAAUGGUAAGUCCGUGACUGCAAAGAAUUCCAAAAGGAAGCCAUCUAAAGUUGUUUCAAUUUCCGAGAUGAACUUAUUGUUGCAGCAGAGUCAUGCUUCUUCCCAGCUAGUGAAACCAGCAAGUUCUUCAGCUGUUAAUCUGGAAAUAUUGCAUGCAAAAUCAGAGAUUGAAAAUGCACCCAUCAUUAUGAAUGAUUCAAGACUUUACUCACCUUUAUACAGGAAUAUCUCCAUGUUCACAAGGAGUUAUGAACUAAUGGAGAAGAUGCUCAAAGUUUACAUCUACCAGGAUGGGGACAGACCAAUCUUUCACGAGCCCUUACUGGACGGAAUAUAUGCAUCUGAAGGAUGGUUCAUGAAAUUAAUGGAAGCAAACAAACAGUUUGUCACUGGAGACCCUGAGAAGGCUCACUUGUUUUACAUACCUUUCAGUUCAAGAUUGUUGCAGUUAACUCUCUAUGUACGCAAUUCACACAGACGUUCGAACUUAAUUGAGUACAUGAAAAAUUAUGUGGACAUGAUUGCUGGAAAGUAUCCUUUCUGGAAUAGAACUGAUGGAGCAGAUCACUUUGUUGUUGCUUGCCAUGAUUGGGCUCCUGCAGAAACAAGAGGGCGAAUGCUUAAUUGUAUCAGAGCCCUCUGCAACGCUGACAUUGAAGUAGGAUUCAAGAUUGGCAAAGAUGUUUCUCUUCCAGAAACAUAUAUAAGGUCAAUUGAGAAUCCUGUCAAAAAUAUAGGGGGCAACCCUCCUUCUCAGAGGCCAAUCCUGGCUUUUUUCGCAGGUGGUUUGCAUGGUUAUGUACGGCCUAUUCUGUUGAAGCACUGGGAGAACAAAGAACCUGACAUGAAAAUAACUGGCCCGUUGCCACAUGUCAGGGGUAAUGCAAACUACCUCCAACUCAUGAAGAGCAGCAAAUACUGCAUCUGUGCAAGAGGUCAUGAAGUUAAUAGCCCGCGAUUGGUGGAGGCUAUAUUCUAUGAGUGCAUUCCAGUUAUAAUAUCUGACAAUUUUAUUCCUCCUUUCUUUGAAGUUUUGAACUGGGAAUCUUUUGCUGUGUUUGUCAUGGAGAAAGAUAUCCCAAAUUUGAGGAACAUACUGCUUUCCAUCUCGGAAGAAAGAUACUUAGAGAUGCACAAGAGGGUGAAAAAAGUACAAGAGCAUUUUUGUUGGCAUGCUGAACCUGUAAAGUAUGAUUUGUUUCAUAUGCUUCUUCAUUCAAUUUGGUAUAAUAGACUUUUCCAAAUAAGUUACACGUAAUCAUGUAUCAAUUUUGUAGAAAACUCAUCAUGUAGGAUUUGUAACUUGAUGGUGGUGGGUAGAUUGCCCGAGUUUACAGGUGAAGCAAAAUCAAUAUGAUGGUAGAGACAAAGUUCAUUGCCUGGAAUACCUAUGAAUAUUGAACUUGUUCUAGUGGGUCAUAUCUAUCCCCAGAAAGAAGAAAGCAUAAUAGAGUUUGUCAAGCAUAUUAUUGAUUGGUCGUCUUGGGAAAUCGAGAAGAUAUAUUGAUUUUAAUACUUUUUGAGGUAUUCGGCCAAAACAUAAAAGUGCUUACUAUGUGACAGCAGAAACAGA